AUGGUAAGUAUAUUCUCAGAUUAUGUGGAAAGCAUCAUAGAAGUGUUUAUGGAUGAUUUUAGCGUGUAUGGUGAUUCUUUUGACAAGUUCUUAGAUAACCUUGCACUUAUUCUUAAACGAUGCGUAGAAACUAAUCUUGUGCUUAAUUGGGAAAAGUGUCAUUUUAUGGUUAAUCAUGGGAUUGUACUAGGCCAUGUUAUAUCCUCUAACGGGUUAGAAGUGGACAAGGCUAAGAUAGAUUUGAUUCGUAACUUACAAUACCCCACAACUGUAGGGAGGUUCGCUCUUUUCUUGGUCAUGCAGAAAGAUGUGGCCUUUGAUUAUGACAAAGUAUGCAAGGAAUCUUUUGACACCUUAAAAGAGUUGUUGACUACCGCACCAAUUAUCAAACCACCGGACUGGAGCAAUCCAUUUGAGUUGAUGUGCGAUGCAAGUGAUUAUGCCGUUGGAUCCGUGUUGGGACAGCGAGAUGGUAAAGUUCCAUAUGCCAUUUAUUAUGCUUCCAAAACUCUCAAUGGAGCACAAAUCAACUACCCCACUACUGAAAAGGAGCUCCUGGCCAUAGUAUUUUCACUAGAGAAGUUUAGGUCUUACUUGAUUGGUGUGUCUGAAGAAGCGAUUCCUUUGCAUGAUAGUUUCCCGGAUGAGCAACUCUUUGCGGUUAUUGGCACAACUCCAUGGUACGCUGAUAUUGUUAACUUCUUGGUGACGGGACAAGUACCUAGUUCCAUGUCUACGUUUCAGAAACACAAGCUCAAGAAGAUUGCUAAGCAAUAUAUAUGGGAUGAACCUUAUUUGUGGAAGCAUUGCUCCGAUCAAAUGAUCCGCAGGUGUGUACUCGAAUCCGAGUUCCAAUCAAUUCUGAGUUUUUGUCACUCAUAUGCUUGUGGUGGCCAUUUCGGAGAUAAGAGGACAGCUCUCAAGGUUCUCGGAAGUGGUUUUUACUGGCCUAUAUUGUUUAAGGAUGUAUAUUUGUUUUGCAAGGCUUGUGAUAGGUGUCAAAGUACAGGCAACCUAGGUGCUAGAAACCAAAUUUGGCAACCACCAAUUCUCGCUGUUGAGAUUUUUGAUGUUUGGGAUUAUGUUUAUAAGUGGGUGGAAGCUAAAGCCACCCCUACAAAUGAUUCUCAAAUUGUUUGUGAGUUUGUGAAGGAACAUAUCUUUUCUAGAUUUGGUACACCUCGAGUGGUGAUUAGUGAUGGAGGUUCGCACUUCAAGAGAUCCUUUCACGCUCUUCUAAAGAAGUAUAAUAUUUCUCAUAAAGUUGGCACACCGUAUCAUCCACAAACGAGCGGUCAAGCUGAAAUUUCCAACCAGGAGAUUAGGUCCAUCCUAGAGAAGACGGUGAACGUUACAAGGAAGGAUUGGAUUUAUAGACUCAAUGACGCUUUGUGGGCGUAUAGGACAUCUUACAAGACACCCAUCGGUAUGUCUCCUUUUAGGCUUGUCUAUGGUAAACCUUGCCAUAUUCCUGUCGAACUUGAACACAAAGCUUAUUGGGCUAUCAAGGUAUGUAAUAUGGAAUUAGAUGUAGCUGGUGAACAUAGGAAACUUCAACUCAAUGAGUUAGAAGAUAUACGUAAUGAUGCAUAUGAAAUUUCACGCGUUUACAAAGAAAAGACCAAAGCUUUCCAUGAUAAAAUGAUUUCCCAAAAGAGUUUCGAAGUAGGGCAUAAAGUUCUUUUAUUUCAUUCUCGUCUUAAAUUGUUUCCCGGUAAACUUAGGUCCAGAUUGGUUGGACCAUUUGUUGUUACUAAUGUGUUUGUGCAUGGUGCAGUUGAAACUAUUAAUCCCAAAACAGGGCUGGUUUCCAAGGUCAACGACCAUCGUUUGAAAUCAUAUUAUGAGCAAUUUGUGACGGAGAAUCAGGAUAUGGUCACAUUGAGUGAUCCACUCCCUCUGGAAGAAUAA